AUGGGUGGUGGUCCGAAUAAGUCCGAGGUCCCGUCGCGGGUCGAGCCUUCCGGCGCAUCAGAAGAUGCUCCUGACGACCGCCCUAUGACCGACUCCGUAUCUCAAGACACUUCGGAGGUGCUGGCUGUGACAGAGCUCGAUGGUGCAUCAUCGCAGUCUCCCCGGCCCGACAAGGGUGACGCCGUUGGUAUUGAGAGCCACGAGAACACCAAAGUGGACGACAGCGAUGACAAUAUAGCAACUAUCACUGGCGAGAGACAAGAUUCUGCCAAUGCCGUCGCCACGGAGGUCGAGGUCGUCAAGAUCGACAAUCAAGACGCACUGCAUGACCCUGAAAAGAUUAUCAGGCAGCAUGAAAGGUGUUCAAUUACCAACGAUCAACUGGUGGCCGAAGUGAAGGGUAUCUAUGACGCCUUGGCGACGGUAGAAAAGGAAUGCAUAGAAGCCGACGAUGGCCAGAUGCCCUGGACAGACGGUCCGCUCCACAUCCCCGACUACCUAUUGACGAUCCCAGAGGCCAAAUUGAUACUGCUUCAAAAGGGCAAUAUGAACCCAGCUGAAACUGUUCGUCUUUGGUACGUCAAGGCUCAGAAGGACGCCACAAAGGGAGAUAAGAAGCCUUGGACUCUCGAAUCAGCCAAGGACUUGCCCGUGUCUGAAAAGACAGCUCCGCACGUUGGCGACCCCGAGGACUAUCUGCAUGGAUUCCAGGUGGCUUUGGAGUUGCGUGCCAAGAAACUUGGAUGGCCUGAGUAUAAUAAGCUGGCCGCCGUCAAUGUGGCCGAAAUAGGCGAAGAGGCUCACAAGAAGGUGAUAGCCGGGAAACACUACCUCGACAUUGGAUACGACUUGGUAGACCAGUUAUUGCGCGAUCUCGAGACCGCCAAAAGCAGAACAAAAGAGCCUGCUCUGGGCCUCUGGGCCAUUAGGCGAUGCAUCCACGCGGGCCGACAUCGCCUCUGGAACAUGGUUCAACGCUUUUACUUAUGCGACCUCCUUCUCUGCCUCCACUUUCGCUCCAGCCUCCUUUCCUCUUGCAGCACGCAGCAGACGGCUCUCAAGGAGACGUCUCCUGAGGGGGUGAUGGCAGCUCCCGAGGAGGAGGCUUCUGAGAAGGUUGCUCCCGAGGCGAUAGCUGCUCAGGAAGCAGAGGUUACCUCCAAGGUUACCGAGGAGAUUUUUAAACAGAUAGCUCUCACAGAGGCAGACAUUGCUUCCGAAAAGGCAGUCGUCGCUUCUAAGGAGGUCGCACCCGAGAUGACUCACGAGGAGGUGGACACAGAGAAGGAUUUUGUGAAGAUAAUUCCCGAAAGGGCAGAGACUGCUCUCGAGAAUGUCGAUCCCGAGAAAAAAUGUCUCAAGGGGUCAGAUGCGGACGUAAAUGCUGCUCCCGAGAAGGCCGCCACCAUCCAGCAGCCUUCAGACGAUGACGCCAACCUAUCCGCCCAAGAGCCGCAGCCCUCUCCCGUGAAGGCUGAAGCGGAUGUAGAUACGGCUCUCGAGGCCGACGCCACCCAACAGAAUUCAGCCCAGGACGCCAGUCCAUCCACCCCGGAGCCCCAGACCUGCGCUGAAGAGGCCGACUUUGCACCCGAGAAUGUAGGCAAAGACACGGGGGAUACAGCAGUCGACGCUGUUGCCCUCGACGAGAAGACAAAGUCUGAGUCUGAGAAGACGCCCGCGACUGAAUUGCCAAUCUAUGUUGAUAAGAGGCUGCUGAGUGAUCAGAGCCGGUAUAAAAAGGUUGGCAUGGAAUACUGGGUGCUGAUCUCCGGUCGAUGGAUCCGUAGUCUCAGAAUUGAGCAGUAUGCAGCUCUCAUUGCGCUGCACCGCACAAACUUACACGAACAUUACGACUUUUUGUUGGCCUCGCAGCACCCCUCGGCAUCGCCAGCGCUCCGUGGGCUCGCAGCAAAGUAUAACAUGCCGGCAAGAAUGUGGAAGCACGGAAUACAUUCCUUUCUCGAGGUCCUGCGCACACGACUUCCCGAAUCUCAGGAUAUAAUGGAGCAGUUCAUCAUACUGGCGUAUGGUAUAAUAUCUUUGAUGAGCGAGACCGUCCCGAGCUUCCGUCUCACCUGGGUCGAAUGCAAAGGAGAUUUAGCACGAUACGGAAUGGCCGUUGAAGAGAGGGACAUGAACGUGAGGGAGUGCUGGAGGAACACUGCACGAGAGGAGUACACUCAGGCCCGGAACGAUGAUCCCACGGUCGGCCGCCUCUACCAUCACCUGGCCAUCUUGGUCCAGCCCCGUUUCUCCUCGCCUGACGCAAGUUUCGACGCUGAUGUGUCCAGGUUUCUCUACUACAUCAAGUCUCUCGUCGUCAAAACCCCGUUUUACGCCGCGCGGGAGUCCUUGCUGACCGUUAUCAACCCGAUUUUUGGCCGGAAUAAGGAGGCAGCUGAGAAGCCGGCCAGCAUCCCCCAGACCGACCAGGACCACUUCCUUACCGCUGUUGCCCACCUGAUUCUUGCUUCUCUGGAGCCUGAGACCCUCAAGGCAAACGGCUAUGAGGAGAGCAGGAAUAAUCAUCUCCAGACUGUCUAUACAGCACUGGAGAAAAUAAAGGUCGGUGGACCUGCCAAGACAUCUAGAAUUUGUCCAAGCGCCCAACUCGGCCUCUUGCUCUGCCUGUUGCUGCUUGGAAUUCCUCUUGCUGAUAACAGAUGGAGCCCGAUGAUGGCGAAGUUUGCCCCCGACCUUGUGACGGACGAGGACCGCUCCGAUUCUGACGCCAUGGCCAACGCGAGGGAUAUCCAUGAUGCAACGAUCGAGCUGAUCAACACCAUGGUCCCGUAUCUCUUGGAGGGCGCAGAUACGCGUGCCUUAGGGGUGUGGAGAUUCAUCCUGGUAAUCCUGAUGUUCAUGCGCUCCUUAAAGACGCGGCCCGCCCUGAGGGAAUGGUGGUUCGGUUCGGCUUUCCACGCAGAGGCUCUCACGCCUUACUUUAACCUGAUUCUGCGCCAGGACGAGAUUCAAGGUGCCGCUGCCUUGGCGAGCGCUUCCCAGUCCGAACUCAUUACAAUUUUGCUCGCCGCUCAACGAGAGAAAGAGGCUCGGCAAGUAUGCGUUCAGUACCAAAGAUAACAUCGAGACAUACCUUCGCGAUACAGAGGAGUAACGAAAGGCAGAACGCGCCAGGAGUACGGCCAC